CAUAGUCCUGAAUUUCACUGCUGUUGUGAGUGUAUCAAUGAAUAGUAUGACAAUGAAUAGUAUGAACAUGGAUACUACGAACACUCAGGAUCUUGCAAUAAAAUUUGACAAACUCCCGUCUGAUAUUCUCCCGUUUUCUCGUUGCCAACAGAAUUUUAUCAGUCGCCUAGAUAAUGUAGCCUUUAACUUAGCUAUGUGGGGCAAGUAUGGACCAAAGCUGCAAGAGGAAGUGAGACGAAUAAUCAAACUACCACUUCCUAGUUGUAUGUCCCAGGGAAAAAAACACACACGGUUCCAGUGCACUCUUAUAACGUCAGGUCUGAUCUUCCUUGCCAUAAUGACGUCAAUUAUUUAUGCCCAAGAGAGUGAAGAUAUAUGGUUCACAAAAGUGUUUAGAGUGCAGUUUCACGAUCCUGAUCUACAACAAUACAGUGGAUGCUUCAGUUUGAUCGAUACUACACCUGGAUCGAAAAGGGGAAUCUACGAGGGUCCCGGUGGUGUAAAGAUUGCACAUUGCAUGGAUACACGGAAGUGGAAAUUUUUUAUAGUAGGGACUGAUCCUUGUGUUCAUGAUGCUCUUGAACUGGCACAUUCGGACAACUCAUAUUCAUUUGAUGUAUCAUCAGCUUUUCAGAGCGGAUGGCAUUCUGCUGCCGGCAGACCCCUCGAUCUAUGCUUUUUUACAUUCGACAGAGACUUCGAGGACAUGUGUCCAUUGGUUGGAAAUGGAAAAUGCGAUCCAGAUUUAAAUAGUUUUGAAUACGGUUUUGAUGCAGGAGAUUGCUGUUCUGCCUCACGUAUUGGUCCCCGUUGUGGUGAGGGUGCAAUGGCUAAAGGAUUUGGAAUGGUAGAUUUGGCUGCUGCUGGUUAUGGUUUCCCACAAUGCAUUGAUCCACGAAUGAAGCCAAUAACAAUUCUCCUUGGUAACUUCACAAAAAGGAAGGAGGCGACUAAUUCUGUAGAAAUACCAUUCCCUGAAUCAAUUGGCCGUUCCAAUCUUACUCUGGAUGCAAAGUGUGACGAGAAGAAGGUUUUAUCUAUAGAAAUCAAUGAAGGCAUGGCUAAUAGUCACGAAACUAUUAUGGUCACUGAUGGGGCGAGAUGUACCGUCGAAGUAAACAAUCCUGAUCAUGAAACUACCGUUGACUUGACUAUUUUUCAAGGAUACGGUGCUGACAAUGAUCCGAAGAUCCUCCAAAUCAAUAGUGGUGUAGAUGAAGUGUCGUCGUUCUCCGCAAUUCCGACGUGCAUGUUUGAGCAACUUUCCAUACAUGACAAUACCAAUACAACAAACUUCUACAGUGGUAGCAGCCAAGUACUUGAAGCAAUUGAGUGGAUGAUUGAAGACAGCACGGUGUACUCAGAAUGCCACACACCCAACUUUGUUGAGAGGUUCGCCCUAAGCGUGUUGAAUUAUGCCGCCCCAACAAAGAGUAGUGACAAUGGGUUGUGGAUUGAUAAAAAUGCACCAUGGGAGUGGGACGAAGUUGAAUACAUAAAUGGAUCUUUGUCUGCAUUGGAUCUUUCCGAAGCAUCGCUUGAAGGGACGAUUUCAACAUACAUCGGCUUGCUGACAUCAUUAUCCAGAAUAUCCAUGAGUACGACUUACUAUGAUUCAGAACACCAUUUUAACCAAUCAUCUGGUAUGAUCUCACACUCGGUUUCUUUUUCUGUUCUUUGUAGGUGAUAACGGCCUCACUGGGAAGCUCCCGAGUGAAAUUGGUUUGAUAUCAUCUCUCGAAUCAUUGGAGAUGGGCAACAAUGCCCUCAGUGGUUCUCUCCCGUCAGAGAUUGGAAAGCUGACAUUGUUGACGCGUCUUUCACUAGGUAAGUACGCGGAAAUCUUCGUUCAAGUGGUUGGGUAUCGAAACAUGCUCCCGUUCACCUGGCCUCUCAUUGUCGAUGCAAAAUUUUCUUCGCCGUGCGAAAUUUUGGGAACUUAGGAAACAAUUCUUUUACUGGUACGAUUCCGAUCGAGCUGAUCAAACUCAAAAACCUCCCUUGUAUCGAAAUCGGUACGUAACACCAUAUGUUAUUCAAAUGGAUAAUUUUUUUUGUGCCUAAACUGUCACUCAUAACUUGAAUUUUGACAAAUAAUCCACAGACAAUUUAUCCCUUGAAGGUUCACUCCCUCCGGGUCUCGCCAUUUGUUAGGAUGCGUCCCCUUUUGACACAUUUUUCACAGUUCACGCCUUUCUUCGAGAUCCAAAUUUGUUUUGUGAUGCUGGGCAAUUGUAGCAUCUCAGUUUGCAUUUGAAUUAAGCGCUAGGUGAGAA